AUCCCCCCUUCCUUAUCUCUUCCCUCUUUUUUUCUCAGCAGAUGCAGAACCAUAUUUUCCCCAUCUUCCCCAAUCUCCUCUGCAUCUGCAAUUCCAAUUUUUCCAUUUCCCUAUUUUACACGAUUUUACAAAAAUAAAAUUCGAAUGAUCAAAUUCUUGGAGAGAGAAAAUCAUAAUCAGACUCAAAAGAGAAUGCCUCUACAAUUAGAGGAUGAACUCUUCCCAUCCACGCCGGGGAAGUUUAAGGUGGAUCAAAGGGGUGCGCAUUAUUUCAUGAACCGUCAAAUCCACCGUUGUUUCGCAUCGACGAGCACUAUGUUUUUAUGGGCUCUGUUCUUGAUCGCUCUUACGGCGUCGUAUCUUAGUUUUCAGAGUUUUGUUGAUACCGGUAGCAAGUAUUUUACCGCCUCAUGGGGCGGGAUUCAGUGGGAGAAGCAAGUGCGCACAUCCGCCCAGAUCCACCGUAGUGGAGGGAUGUCUGUGCUUGUUACCGGCGCUGCCGGUUUUGUCGGGUCUCAUGUCUCCCUCGCUCUUAAGAAACGAGGCGACGGAGUUGUGGGCCUUGAUAAUUUCAACAACUACUACGAUCCGUCGUUGAAGCGGGCGAGGAAGAAUCUUCUAGAAUCACACGAUGUGUUCAUCGUUGAAGGCGACAUCAACGACUUCAAGAUCGUCUCCAAAUUGUUCGACACGGUGGCGUUCACCCACGUAAUGCACCUCGCGGCCCAAGCCGGUGUUCGGUACGCCCUCGAAAACCCGAUGUCGUAUGUACACAGCAACAUUGCCGGUCUAGUCAACUUACUGGAGGUCUGCAAGGCGGCUAACCCGCAACCAAGCAUUGUCUGGGCUUCGUCGAGUUCUGUUUAUGGACUCAAUGAGAAGAGCCCGUUCUCGGAACUCGAUCGAACCGAUCAACCCGCCUCCCUUUACGCCGCCACCAAAAAGGCCGGUGAAGAGAUCACUCACACUUACAACCAUAUUUACGGCCUCUCCAUCACCGGGCUCCGCUUCUUCACGGUUUACGGACCAUGGGGACGGCCCGACAUGGCGUACUUCUCCUUCACUCGUAACAUUCUACAAGGGAAGCCGAUUACCAUUUACAGAGGUAAAAACAAGGUUGAUUUAGCGAGAGAUUUUACAUACAUAGACGACGUCGUAAAAGGGUGUUUAGGUGCACUGGAUAGUUCAGGGAAGAGUACCGGAAGCGGCGGUAAGAAGCGUGGGGCCGCACCGUACAGAAUAUACAAUUUGGGGAAUACACAACCGGUGACUGUACCGACACUUGUCGGUAUUCUAGAGAAGCACUUGAAAGUGAAGGCCAAGAAGAAUAUGAUAGAGAUGCCCGGAAACGGCGACGUUCCGUUUACACAUGCGAAUAUUAGUUUAGCCCGGAAAGAUUUUGGGUAUAAACCCACAACCGAUUUGCAAACCGGGUUGAAAAAGUUUGUUAGGUGGUAUCUCUCUUAUUAUGGCUACAAUAACGGCAAGCCUGUAAAUUAAUUUUUUUUUUUUAAUUUACUAUUAUUUUUGGAAGUAAUUUUUUUAAUUAUUUACAGAAUUUUGUUGGAUUUUUACUGUUUUUUUCCCCUCUUUUCUAGGGUGGAAAAAUGUUCGGAAUUCUUUCUUUCCAAACGGAAAUUUAGGAUCCCAUGGAAAAAAAAGAAGGAAAACAAAAAUUGUGGGUAAUUCAAAUCUCUUAUUUCGGGAAUCAAAUCUGUAAAGGAAAAUGUUUAAUUAGGUGCCAACUCAUUUGUUCUUCA